CAGGGCUGCGCCAACCUACUUUAUCCUCCGUUUCACCGUCACUCCCCGCACACUUCACCGCCUAGCUCUCCUUCCCUCAGGGUCGCCUCCUCCCCCCCCCCCCCCCCUCUUGAAUAAUCCCUCUCCUUGCGUUCCCUCGUCGUCCCGCCAUGGCGGGGAACCUGCCGUACUUGCCGCCGCCGAAGACGGCUCUGAGCGCGGAGCCGGUGUGCGUGUUCGGUGAGGAGUACUGCCUGCCGCACGAGACGGCGCUGCUUGUGCGCUCGCGCAAGUGGAAGAUGUCGGACGAGUUCGAGGUCACGGACGUCGAGGGCCGCCUGCACUUCAAGGUCGAGGACAAGCUGAUGGAGUGGCGCGACAAGAAGACGCUGGUGAACAGUGCGGGCGAGGCAGUGUGCAUGGCGGUGGAGAAGACGUUCACGCUGCACAGCGGCACGCACAUCAUGCGCGGCCGCGACAGCAACACCGACAACUACGUCGUGCGCACGCGCAAGGUGUCCGCGUCGAACCCAAAGAUGGAGAUAUACCUGAGGGACAACAACACCAGCGUGCCUGACCUGGUGGCAUACGGCAACUUCAAGAAGCUCGAGUUCAAGGUGUUCAACCCGCGGCGUGUGCCAGUGGCGGAGGUGAGGAUGGACCCCUUCGGGCCGCGGUCGUACCACGCGCUGCUGCUGGACGUGAAGGCGCACGUGGACAUGGCCCUCAUGGUCAUGCUCGUUGUUAUGGUCACCGAAACCAUGAUCCCCCCGCCCUCGCCCCCGGACAGCAACAACGACUAGUGCGUUUCACUCCCCUUACUACUGGUCCACCAGCAGCUGCUCGGCUUGUUGCUGCUCGGCUUGUUGCUGCUCGGCUUGUUGCUGCUUGGCUCAUUGCUCCUCGCUUUCUUCUCCUCGGCAAAUUGCUGCCUAGUGUUCACUCCCUGGAGGAACUCUUGGUGCAUACAGUCAGAACUCAGCUUGUCCUUGGUGCAUACAGUCAGAACUCAGCCACUAAGGGAACAUUCCUACGACCUACGGCAGUUUGGCCUUUCGUCUGUUAGCGCGUAUAUCCCGAGCCGCGUGGCAGUUUGCCCCAACCUCUCGGCAGAAUGCAUAUUGUACGUGCGACUCCUUGCAACCCUCCACCACAUCCAGACAGAACAAUCGUAAUGGUCCGUUGUGUAUGUGCACAUUACGAUAAUCGAACAUGCCUUC